CGCAUAAACGCUAGAUUUCUAACAAUCUAUCCAUAGUGUUUGGGUAGCAGAGCAACGGAGAUCACACACUAUUCCGAUUCGGUUACCACUCGCCGAAAUUGUUCAAACAUUGCUUUAAUUUCAAAAUCCAAAUGAAAGAACAUUCAAGACUCACCAUUAAAAUAGUCGGGAAAACAACCGACAGUGUUGAAUCUCACUUCGCCCAUCGUUGACCAUAUUCGGAAGCAAAUAAUCUUUUUUUUUUUACCAAAAUACAAUCAAAUCAUGCAUGAGAUUUCAUAGCAACAAAAACAGUGUUGAUUUGAAUCGGUGUAAUAAAAUCGCGUUUGUCUUAAAAGAUGAAUACCAAAUUUGUAAUAAUGAUUGAGAGACGACUACCAUAGCUUACUUGUUGCUGAAUUGUGAUUUUAUGGGUAAUAUGUGUUAAACAUCAGCGACUGACACAUGGUGGAAUUAAAUCCAAUUUAGCAAAAACUAAAAAAGAAAAUAAUCAUUGUCUUGUGCACAUUCAUACGGUGAAUUGAAAAUAAAGUGCUAAAAGAAAUAGUGAAACGGUCAUAACGUUCAUAAAUAUAAUUAUCAAGUGUUUAAAUAGAUAAAAUCAAAUCAAAAUGUUUUGGCUUAUUCUUCUGUUAAUGCUGUUGGUAAUUUUGCUCAUAUUGCUGUAUAAAAGAGUGAGGCAAGAUUCACGCGUCAAGAUGGCACGCGAGGAAAUGCCUGGAAAGGUUGUUGUCAUAACUGGUGCAAAUACGGUUUUGGGUUCAAAUAUAGCAGCUUCAUUUUAUGGUGCCGGUGCGAAAGUUGUGCUUGUGGGUACAAAUCAACGUGAGUUGGAGCGGGUACGAACGCAAUUAUUCGCAAUGAGACCGAAAAACGUGCCCGUUUACCAGCCUGAAAUAGUUCCGAUGGAAUUAAAUGUAUCCGAAAUGUCGGCCAAAGAAGCGGUCGCGGAUAUUAUGGAAACAUGCGGCCAGGUUGACAUUCUAAUUAACAAUUCAACGAUUUGUCCGCGCUCAGAUGUGCUAUCGACCAGCAUUCAUGACGAUAUUCGCGUGAUGAAUGUUAAUUACUUUAGUCCGAUCGCAUUAACAAAAGCUAUGCUGCCGGGAAUGAUUGCCCGAAAGUCCGGAAAAAUUGUGUUUGUCAGCAGUGUAGCUGGUAAAGUGCCAAUACCAUAUCGUUCAUCAUUUUCGGCAUCUGAGCAUGCACUUCAAGCUUUUGCUGACACUCUUCGCGCUGAAGUCGCGCAGCAUAACGUAACAGUGCUCGUAUCUAGUCCCGAAUAUAUUGCGGACGAUUUCGAACGAACCGACAUCGAAUCAGCAGAACUUACGAACGAAAAAGAAGAAAAAUCAGAAAAUACAGAAGUACCAGUAGUAGCAGACGGUGUAGCUAAAACCGUGGGCGAUCAGCCGCAAAAGUUUUCCGAUGAUAUUUUAUUGGCUGUCUUAGGCGGUGCUGACGAACAUAUAAAGAGUUCAUUUCUCUUUUCGCAUUGGUUACGCGUGACAUACCCGCCAUUUUUUCAUUUGAUGAUGGCGGAACGUGCGAAAAAAAUGGAACCCACCAAUGUCGUCCAGCAACGGUUCUAACGGCUGAAUCGAAUUAAAAGACAUGAUACAUAGAUUUUUUGAAAUCGUAAAUUAUAAAUUUGAGAAAAUGAUAUGAAAUUCCUUGAAUAUUUUAUUAGUUCGUUCGUUCUAGUUAGAGUGUUAUUCAUUACUGACUAAAAAUUAUUAUAAAUUAAAUGCAGAAAAAAGAAACCAUUCAGAAAAUUAAACAAGAUAUGACGAAACAAAACUCAAUUUUCGGAAAUAAAACAAUACUGAAUAACGUAUUAUUGUAAUUAGGUUAGAACUAAUGUCAUUUUCAGAUGUGAGUGUUUUGCAUCGUGAUUUUGUAAUUUUCGACAACAAGUCAAGAGUGUUAGCAUAGCAAAAAUAGCAAAACAAACGUAUAAACAAUUGCCGCCAAAUUAGUACUCCUAACAAUUUGCAUACAUUUGUACUUAAUUUGAAUUUUUAAUGAUAACAGUAAGUUUGUGAAUAGCGGGAACCGAUAAGACGAAAACUUUUUAUCACUAUUUGAAUGAGUUCCUUGGGCUUUCUAGUGCAUGUAGAAAAUUGUUACAUUGUAGACAGUGCUGAAAUUCUUUUGGUAUCAAACGGGUUGUUGAAAACUUUUUACAUUGAAAAUUAAUUAACAGCGAUUUAGUAUGAGGGUAAAAAAAAAGUUCCGUUAUUUACAAAUUUUGCUAUGAAUUUCAUGAAAGAGAUCCAUUUUUGUUUUUCCUUUCAUUGAGACACAUACACUUAUUAGUUUAAUAAACGCUUCAUUUGCUCAAUUCAUUUAAAAUGAAUAUAUGUUGUUUGUUUUUGUUGUUGUUGUAAAAUAUGAAAACAAUAGAAUUGAACUGUCUGAAAGAAAUUGGAGCAUUCGUUCAUUUC